UGAGGAUAAAAUUUGGAAAAAAAAACUUCGGCUAUAGUAUAAAUUGCUACUGCAGCGAGGAGUAACGUGGAAUAUUUAUUUCCUUUCACUUUCUUCGAUUCCUUAACGAUGCCUGUGUCUUGCUUCUCUAAUCUUUCGUGUUUUGUCUGUUAAUCUGCUGCAAAUUGUUGUUUUCUUCUUUCCGAGCUUGUUUGGUAACGAAGGGGUGAGGUCUGCCUGUUUUUAAGUGCCCAUUUGGUGGAAUGGAUUGCUUUUGAGUUUGAAUAUGUUACUGGGCAUGUUCUGGUUAUUGAUGAUCUGUUUUUUGCUUCAAUUUCAGGGUUAGUCUUCACAUGAACAUAAAUUUUACUGUUGAUAUAUAGUUAUUAAAAAUGUCGAUUGCAAAGCCUUUGAAGAAGUUAGUAUCUGCUGUUAUUCUUGAUUUGGAUGGUACCCUUCUUCAUACAGAUGGCAUAGUGAGCGAUGUUUUGAAAGUUUUCGUGGUCAAGUAUGGAAAACAAUGGGAUGGGAGGGAAACUCAAAAAAUAGUGGGAAAGACACCUUUGGAAGCUGCUGCUGCUGUGGUGGAAGAUUACGAGCUUCCUUGUUCAACUGAUGAUUUUCUGACUCAAAUCACCCCAUUGCUCUAUGAUCAGUGGUGCAGCAUUAAGGCUCUUCCUGGUGCCAAUCGGUUAAUAAAACAUUUGAGUAGUCAUAAUGUGCCUAUGGCAUUGGCUUCAAACUCUCCAAGGGCAAAUAUAGAAUCCAAAAUUUCUUACCAUCAGGGCUGGAAGGGAUCCUUUUCUGUCAUCAUUGCUGGUGAUGAAGUGAGAACAGGAAAGCCAUCUCCUGAAAUAUUUUUGGAAGCUGCUAAAAGGCUAAAUGUCAAACCAUCCAGCUGCCUUGUGAUUGAAGAUUCUUUGCCAGGUGUUACUGGUGGUAAGGCCGCUGGCAUGGAAGUAGUUGCUGUACCAUCCAUUCCAAAAUCUCAUCUUUAUACAGAAGCAGAUGAAGUUAUCAAUUCUCUGCUUGAUUUACAACCUGAAUUGUGGGGCCUCCCUCCAUUUGAAGAUUGGAUGGAGGGUACUUUGCCUAUCGAACCUUGGCAUAUUGGCGGUCCUGUGGUCAAGGGAUUUGGUCGUGGCUCAAAGGUUCUUGGAAUCCCAACUGCUAAUUUAUCUACCAAAGGUUAUUCAGCACUUCUUUCAGAACAUCCAUCAGGUGUUUAUUUUGGUUGGGCUGGAUUAUCAUCGCAAGGUCUUUACAAAAUGGUCAUGAGUAUUGGUUGGAACCCAUAUUUUAACAACACCGAAAAGACUAUAGAACCUUGGUUGCUUCAUGAAUUUGAUGGGGAUUUUUAUGGUGAGGAAUUGCGCCUUGUGGUAGUUGGCUAUAUUCGACCAGAGGCCAAUUUUUCAUCGCUUGAGAGCUUGAUAGCAAAGAUUCAUGAGGAUAGAAGAAUUGCAGAGAGAGCUCUAGACAUUCCAACGUACUCGAAAUAUAGGGAUGACCCGUAUUUGAAAGGCUCUUCCCUGUAACCAUAGCAAGCAUCCAUAAACUUUAUGAUCCUUAAUUUUUCCAGAGCCCUUACUGCAAACCUCUUUUGUUCAUUGUAGAAGGCAUUCAUUGUGACCGUAUUGCUCUCUCUUUUCAUGAAAUCUUAGGCCUGGCUCGUAAUCACUGUGGGUAUAAAAAUGAAACUGUGCCCCGAGAGCCCCCGAUUAUUGUUACUGAAUAUUUAUCUCGAUAAUGUACUUGAAUUAUAGCUGGGAAGCUGUUAUGCAGACUAAUGUUUCAGUUUCA